AGUUUGAGUUUGACAAAUAACGUCAAAUGCUUUUCUCGUCUCUGUUUACUGAAUUUAUUGAUAAAAUUAAUUAAGAUUAUUUUGCCUUUAGUAAAAUUCUUAGUCACAUAGCAUGAGAUUGCAGAGAUCUUUUUUUCAUCAUGCAUGUCUUUAAUAUGUUAGUGUAACAAGUGAUGACGUCGAGAGAGGAUAAUGUAACCUUAAAAGUGCUAAGAUUGUGUAAAUACAAACUUUGUUUUAUUUUAGUAUCGUUAUCAGUCGUUAAAGUGAUUUGAUAUGUCACAUUUUGGAGAUUUUAUGGACGGCGUACCCGUUAAAAUAUCAGAAAAAUACAAACGACCUCCAAGAAUCGAGUUACCAUAUAGCAUUACAGAAUGUCCUUUGCGAGCGCAAAAUGUUGUUGAAUGCGUUAAGUAUUGUCCUACAUUCGAACGUAAUGUACUUUCUAAACUCAAAGAGCUUAGAAGCGCAAAAGAAACGAAGAGAAAUGAAAGGCGACAUCGUCUUCAAUUAUUGGAAGAGGCGAAACAAAAGAAAUUGGAUGCCAUAGCCGCCGCUGAAGCCGAGGAAAAGUUGAAGCAGCUCAGUGUGUCCGAGGUGUCCUACCCGAGCACCGAUGAGAUCAGCGCCCUUUCGCCUGACGAAAAACCAGAACGAAACUGUGAUACAAGUUCAACUCAAGACAAUAGCCCAGAGAUUGAUAAAACUACAAGCGUAGAUGUUGCUUUGCCAUGUAGUACAACCCAAGACUCGCAGACUAGCAUCUUGCAACCCAUACAAGUGCAGUCAAAGUACCAACAAAGCCUCCUAGAUGUUCCAGAUCCAUUGCAGGAAUUAAAGAUAAGUUCUAAAAUUGCUAAACCCCAGUACUCUCAUAAUGUUGAAACAAUGACAUUCAAAGAUUUUGAAAAUGACACAUCUAGCCCCUUUGAUAAUGUCGAACUCAAAACUAUAAAUGAUAUGGAGUUACUAGCUCAAGUGUUGCAAAGUCAGAGAGACUCAACAGCAAGUUGUCAGGUGCCAAAUUAUCAGGAGCAGGUCUAUCCAAGCUAUGCCAAUUGUGCGACACAAGCUCAGAUUGAAGGUGUAACGUACAUACCAAAUGCAUACGGGGAACAGACAAUACAGGGUCCAAAUAUUAUAUACUCAUCUCCACAGCAUUACCCAGUCUCCAAUGGCUAUUAUGUACAGUCAGAUAAUGUAUGCGAUAGGAACAUUCCUGUUGAUAAUGUAUAUAUGCCGAAUUAUCAAUAUUAUGUUCCUACACAACCUUAUACUGUAACUGAUCAAUAUUAUAACAACCCAUUGCCAACCACAUCAGCAGAAAUCAAUCCAAUAACAAACGGAGCCAGCUAUAUUCCACAACCUUAUUAUUUUUACCAACAACCAUAUUACACCCAACAGACAAUAAACACUAAUGAAGUUACAGAAGAACCGGCAGUAAAUAGUUCACAAAAUAUAGUUAAGUCUAGAUCUAGAAGUGUUCCUGAUAUUGUUAGAGAGUUGAAUGAGGAGUUAGCGACAGCAAAAUUGAGAGCAGAUGAAAGAUCUUGCAAUGUAAGUCCAGCACCAGUUGCAAUGGUUCCAAGGUCAUCCUCAAGUAGUGAUAAACGAGAGCAUAGAAGAAGAAAAACUGAACAAUUGCCAAACCCAUUUGAUAAAUUUCCUCCAAAAUUGCAGAGCAUGUGUCAGAAAAUUCACGGAAUGGGUUUUCCCUUGGACAGAGUAGCUAGAGUGUGCAGCCUUAUUGGCGACAAUGAUAAGAAGGUAAUAGAAGGUCUUCUUAUCUUGGGCGAGCUGAUGGAUUUAGGAUUUUCAGAAGGAAGAGUGUCUGCAGCACUUGUCAAACAUGAAUUCAACAGAGAUAAAGCAUUAGAUGAUUUGGUUUCAUAACAGGAAUAAUAACUUACACUGAUUGUUGGAUCAUGAAUACUUUAAAAGGGUAACAUUAAUAUAUAAUGUGUUUUUUUUUGUUAUACGAAUGAGUUACAUAUUACACAUUAAUCUUAAUUUGAGGAAGCAAAAGGCCCUUUAUUUAUCUUAAAUUUCAUUAAAAUUCCAGUCAUGUAUAAGUUAAUUUUUUAAGUAAUAGUGUUAAUUAUUCAGAAAGCAUUACACAUAGAGAUAUUUAAUUAACAUAUGUUGUUAUAUUAUUAAAUUUAAAAAAUAAAUUUAUGGUUAACCUAAUCAGGUCAAUAUAUUAUUAUCACAAUAAAGCACACUGCAGCAAAUGAAAAUAAUCCUUAAAAAAGUAUUUUUUCAUACUUUUUGAAUGGUGAUGAUAUUUGUUUUAUCUAUUGCGGAGUAUGGGCGACGUAACGUGUUAAAAUUUCGCGCUUAACUUUAAAUGUUCUAUUGUAUUAAAUAAUAAACAUUUGUUCUAUAUUAAUAUUAUUAUAUUUCCAAGUGCAAUAUCCAUAAUUUAUGCAUAUUUUAAAAAACAAUAUAUCGAAGACGAUUUUUCAAAUAAGUAGCUAUCUGCCUAUAUAAUUUAAAGUCUACACGUACGCUGGUAAUAUUAAAAAUUUAUGAAGUCAACGUGUAAUAAACAAGAUUGUGUUGUAAGUAGAGUUUACAGAAUUUCAGAUAGCUGUUUAUUAAAACGAUAACAGGCUUGGUGCAUUUUCACGAUCAUACAAACAGCGAAGCGAUUAACUAAACCGCAUGUGUAAAUGCACCAUUAUAAAAAAGCUCGAAAGAAUAAAACUGACAAACGGGACGGGACUCGAUAAAGAACUGGAUUUGAAAAUGAUUAUAAUCAAUGAUGAUUAAUGGUGCAUUUUAGACAUAUCUGAAAACGCACCAUGACGCAUUAUUGCCUUUAUUGCGAGUAAAAUAAUUGCGUAGAGAAGCAGACCAUCAAUUAAUUACUUCUUUUUUGUCUCCGGCAUACUUUGCUCACGAAUUCUAAUUUCUUAAUGGUCGUUCAAGUAAGUUUAGUUUAAAGCCAAUUACGUCUUUUGAUAUUCAAGAUAAUUUAUGUAUUGCGGAGUUCUACUCCUGUAGAUCAAUAAUGUCAUGGUCUAUCUUUACAUGAGUUUUAUCAACUUUUUUAAUAUUACGUAUACUGUGUGGGAUGGAUUACGCAUUUAUAAGUCGCGUGUGAAUGUGCUAAAGAAUGUGCGAGAACUUGCCGUGGUUGAUUCGGGAGUUGUAUUAUAUUUAUGAUAAAUAAAUUUGUUUAUCCUAGAAAUAAUUAGUUUUUUGCACUCGAUUAAUUUUAAUGAUGUAAUUCUCAGAUACAUUGUUUAUUUAGUGUAGCAUUGGUCUUUAAACCCAUUGAUUUUAUUGCACUUCUAUGUGUUAAAUUGCAUUGUGCUUAUAUACUCUUAUAUCUUAUUACAAGUUUAAUUUUGUCUAUAUAUAAAUAGUGCAAUUAUUUUCGUCCAUAAAAUUAUUUAAUGCGCUCUGAUUUAAGAAAAAAUUCUAUAUUAGCUAUAUAUAAAUUGUAAAUUGCUUAUAAAUAUACUGCUUGUUAUGGAUUAGGUGUUGGAAAGUUAGUCAUUUAAUUUAUAUGAUGCUUCUAGCUCGUCUAUGAACGAAUGUAGAAAUAAGGGUGCUUCCACACAAACGAAUUUAUACUUUGAUUGUAAUUCGUGUCAUUGUGGCUGUAUAGUUAGUGUAUUGUAUUUAUCAACAUUUUUGUAAUUAAUAAUUAUAUAUGUAUUUUUUUUCAUCUCAUACACAUUCCGCAAUAGACGUGAUUUAAAUGGAGUAAUAUUAAAGCUUAUUGGUAGCGUUACUCCAGACUUGAGCUUGAAGCAUUAUCUAAAAUGAAUGAUAGUCUAGGUGGUUAUUGUGACACCUUAAUGCAGUACUGAUUCCAAUAUGUCGUUUUGCAUACUGGAAUCAUUACUGCUUUCAAAACUAACCUCCUUGAGCAGUGAACUGUUCUAUAUUUUAAUAUAUAGAUUGACAACCUGCUAGAUCCAAUAAAAUGAAGGAGUAAAACUGUAUAUAAAAGUUAAUAUACUUAUCAGUUUGAGAAAAAGUUUUCUUUUUUUGGAGAUUUUAAAAUUAAGUAUAUAUGUAAGAUUCAUAAUUUAUAGCAUUUAAUAACUCUAAAGGUUGGGUUACCACUUAUUUCAAAUUUAGUACCUAGGUAUUUUUAAUUGAAUGUUUGAAAAAGUUUUAAUGAUGUGAAAUAUAAUCUUAUUUCAAGAAACUGAAAGCUGUUCAAUGAUAGUAAAUAAAUAGAGCUUCUAGAUUCCAAGUGGGAAAAUGUAUAUAGGCAUAAUAAUAUGUACAGAUGUUAGCAAUGUAUCCGUUGGUCUACUUCUGACGGAAAAAUAUGAGUUUUAUAAUAAAGGAGAUGAUACUUUAUGACUGUUUAGAGCCCGAUUUUC